GCUCACUCUCUGGCAUCAAGUUCCCCGUGGUGAGUUUCUUUGUACAAGAGUCCAAGGGGAGAGGUAAGGCGUGGGAGGCAGGGAGUCCAGUUCAGGGACGGGGAUUCCAGGACGAAAGGUGAAGGGGAAGGGGCUGGGCGCAGCCUGGGCAUCUCUCCCUGGUUUCCACAGACAGAUCCUCGGCCAGGACUCUGGCAGACAGUGUGACAAAGAGGCUUCGUGUAGAAGAUGGAUCGGGACAAAGUCCCAGGUCCCAGGCGUGGUUCUCACGGUCUCCGGCACCUGCACAGAGGGCCUUGUCUGCAUUGGGGAGGCGCAGCGCUGGGGAUUCCCCAUCUCCCCAGAGUUUCUCUUCCUCUCCCAACCUGUGUCGGGUCCUUCCUCCUGGAUACUCGUGACGCCUCCUCAGUUCUCACUCCCAUUGAGUGUCGGGUUUCUAGAGAAGCCAAUCAGCGUCGCCGCGGUCCCGGUUCUAAAGUCCCCAGUCACCCACCCGGACUCAGAUUCUCCCCAGACGCCGAGGAUGGCGGUCAUGGCGCCCCGAACCCUCCUCCUGCUGCUCUCGGAGGUCCUGUUCCUGACACAGACCUGGGCAGGCUCCCACUCCCUGAGGUAUUUCUACACCUCCGUGUCCCGGCCCGGCCGCGGGGAGCCCCGCUUCAUCGCCGUGGGCUACGUGGACGACACGCAGUUCGUGCGGUUCGACAGCGACGCCGCGAAUCCGAGGGUGGAGCCGCGAGCGCCGUGGAUAGAGCAGGAGGGGCCGGAGUAUUGGGACCAGCAGACACGGAACGCCAAGGCCAACGCACAGACUGACCGAGUGGACCUGCGGACCCUGCGCGGCUACUACAACCAGAGCGACGCCGGGUCUCACACCAUCCAGUGGAUGUACGGCUGCGACGUGGGGCCCGAGGGGCGCUUCCUCCGGGGGUACCCGCAGGACGCCUACGACGGCAAGGAUUACAUCGCCCUGAACGAGGACCUGCGCUCCUGGACCGCCGCGGACAUGGCGGCUCAGAUCACCAAGCGCAAGUGGGAGGCGGCCAAUGCGGCGGAGCAAAGGAGAGCCUACCUGGAGGGCACGUGCGUGGAGGGGCUCCUCAGAUACCUCGAGAACGGGAAGGAGACGCUGCAGCGCGCGGAUCCCCCAAAGACACAUGUGACCCACCAACCCAUCUCUGACCAUGAGGCCACCCUGAGGUGCUGGGCCCUGGGCUUCUACCCUGCGGAGAUCAGACUGACCUGGCAGCGGGAUGGGGAGGACCAAACUCAGGACACGGAGCUUGUGGAGACCAGGCCAGCAGGGGAUGGAACUUUCCAGAAGUGGGCAGCUGUAGUGGUGCCUUCCGGAGAAGAGCAGAGAUACACGUGCCAUGUGCAGCACGAGGGGCUGCCGGAGCCCCUCACCCUGAGAUGGGAGCCGUCUUCCCAGCUCACCAUCCCUAUCGUGGGCAUCAUUGCUGUGGCUGUCCUAGGAGCUGUGGUCAUCGGAGCUGUGGUCACUGCUGUGAUGUGGAGGAGAAAGAGCUCAGGUGGAAAAGGAGGGAGCUACUCUCAGGCUGCGUGCAGCGACAGUGCCCAGGGCUCUGAUGUGUCUCUCACGGCUUGUAAAGCCUGAGACAGCUGCUUGUGUGGGACUGAGAUGCAGGAUUUCUUCACGCCUCCCCUGUGUGACUUCAAGAGCCUCUGGCAUCUCUUUCUGCAAAGGUGUCUGAAUGUGUCUGCGUCCCUGUUAGCAUAAUGUGAGGAGGUGGAGAGACAGCCCACCCUGUGUCCACCAUGACCCUUGUCCCCACGCUGAGCUGUGUUCCCUCCCCAGUCAUCUUUCCUGUUCCAGAGACCUGGGGCUGGGUGUCUCCAUCUGUGUCUCAGCUUCAUGGUGCACUGAGCUGCAACCUCUUACUUUCUUAAUGAAAAUAAGAAUCUGAAAAUAAAUGUGUUUUCUCAAAUAUUUGCCAUGAAAAGUUGAUGGAUUAAUAAGUCAAUUCCUGAAAUUUGAGAGAGGAAAUAAAGACCUGAGAACCUUCCAGAA